AUGUCGCGACAUCGCAUGGUGAGAAAUCUUACACAGGACGAUUAUUACGAUGACUAUGAUGACGAGUAUUAUGAUGACGACUACUACGAGGAUGAUGACUUGCAGCAGCAAUAUGCCCCUCCAUCACUUUCCAAGCCUAUAAUAGCAGCAGCAGCACCAGCUUCAGUUUUUGCUGCUCCCGUUGCGGCAGCUCCUGCUCCUAGAGCACAAAUCCCCUGGCCCAAAGCUAAACCUGCAGUAAACACUGCACCCGCAAUUGCAAAAGGGUCGUUAACAAAGCCUCCGCCAGGUUGGGGUACGCCUUCCAAUAGCGCACCUGUGGGAGUAGCACAACCUCCACCAGGGUUUGCACCACCGUCAAAUACAGCAUCCGUUGGCGUCGCCAAACCACCUGAUGGAUGGGGCAAACCAGCAGCGCUGCAAUCUCAAAAGGCAACAACAUUACCUGCAACAGCGGCUGGAGUCAUGAAACCACCACCUGAUUGGGGAAAACCAUCGUCUGGACAAGAAGCGUCCAAAAAUCAAGAUUCAAAGACAAAAGCGACAGCGACGAAAUCCAAAUCCAGCAACAAACAACAGGGAUCUGUAUAUGUACCAAAACCGGUACCUGAUAUUUUGAAAACUGCCAAAUCACAAUUGAGUAUGGUUGUCUUGGGUCAUGUAGAUGCUGGCAAAUCCACAAUGAUGGGUCAAGUUCUCGUUCAAGCUGGAUACAUAUCGAAACGAGAGGCUGGAAAGAAGCCAAUGAGUUGGAUUCUGGAUGAAAAUGAACAGGAACGAGAACGGGGCGUCACUAUGGAGAUUGGAACCAAAACUGUCCGUGUUCCAAAGCACGAUAUUGUUCUUUUGGAUGCACCUGGUCAUGCAGAUUUUGUUCCAAUCAUGAUCACAGGUGCAGCCAAUGCGGACGUUGCGAUACUUGUAGUAGCUGCAAAUACAGGUGAAUUCGAAGCGGGAUUUGAUGGAGGGGGUCAAACAAAGGAACACAUUUUACUGGCCCGGGGAUUAGGUGUAACGCAGAUUUUGGUUGCCAUCAACAAACUUGAUAUGGAAGACUGGAGCAAGCAACGGUAUGACGAAAUUCAGGCAAAAGUUAAAAGUUAUUUGCUGCAGCAACAGUUCGCCCCCAAGAGAAUACGAUUUCUGCCAUUGAGUGGUUUGACUGGGGAAAAUGUUAAAUCUCGCAAUGAUUCGAAAUUAUCAGCAUGGUACAAAGGGCCUACACUAUUAGAUGCAAUGAAUGAUUUUUUGCCUGCAAAGCGGCAACUCGAAAAACCAUUUAGAUUUGGAAUAACAGAUGUCUACGCCGAAGGCAAAGGUGUUGUAGCUCGUGGACGUGUCAUGCAAGGAUUUGUGGAAGCUGGAGAGCGAUUGGUUGUUCUUCCGAUUGGCGAUGUUGUCACAGUCAACAAGCUGGAACAUUUACAACCUCCUACUACAGAUGACAAUGACAAAAACGCAUUCAAGCGUCUAUCUAUUGGGAUGGCCGGGGAUACUGUUGAACUGGUACUUUCUGGUAUCGAGUUGGUGCGUCUUUCUGUGGGCAGUAUCCUAUCCAACCCAAACGCAAGACCACCGUUGACAAAGAAGGCGAAAGCUAAAGUUUUUAUUCUUGACUCUGUGACCAUACCAAUCAUUCGAGGAGCUCGUGUUAUGUUUCACAUGCAGAGCUUGGAUAUUCCUGCAACCGUAUCCAAGCUUAUUGCUCUCACAAAAGGUGGAGGCGAAGUUAUUAAGGAAAGACCGCGAGCACUCUCACGAAAUUCAAGUGCAAUCGUGGAAAUUACUUUGAAUGACAAGAUUGCUAUGGAACAAUUUUCAUCUUGUCGAGCUCUUGGACGUUUCGUUUUGCGGCGAUCCGGCGACACUAUUGCAGUAGGUGUAAUUGACGAGCUGCUGUAG